ACAAAAUUGUAAACUAACAUACGAAAUAUUUUUCUUUAUUUUCCAGGAAUAACAAUGAAAUCAUUGUUGCUCUUAUCUCUUUUCUGUGGACUAACUUCCGCCACAUAUCCACCCUAUACUUCCGGUGGAUAUCUGAAUUACCAGACAUAUUUUCCUAACACUUACAAUACCUUCACCAGCGGAUACAAUCCAUCCUUUAACUCCCUCAGCACUGGCUACUAUCCAUCCCUUAACACACUCAGCACUGGCUACUAUCCAUCCCUCAAUUCUGGAUACUAUCCUUCGUCCCUCCUCUACAACACGGCAUACUAUCCCACUGUCGUCAGUCAUUACCUGUAUUUCCCCGGAGGUAACCCAUGGGAACCUGGGAGGAAUUAUAUUGACUUGAGAAUUAACCCGUAUCCGUGGUACCUCAGAUAUUAUGGACAAUACCUAGGAGGUCUGGGUGGGGGAUUCACUUCCGGGUUAGGAGGCGUAAUCCCUGAAUCAUUCGGAACAGGAUCUCUACCAUUAAACGGACUUACUGCCGGAUUAGGAGGACUCUUAGGAGGUUCCUCACUAAGUGACUUAAGUACCAGUGGUAUACUAGGAUUUCCUUCCGGUUCUGGACUUACCGGAAGCCUUGGAGCAGGAAGUUUAGGAUUUCCGGGAGUUGGUGGAUAUUUCCCUGGCGGAAAUGUUGGAGGACUUGGCUACAGAAAGAAGAAAGUAUACUAGGAACUUUAGAAGAGAACUGCCAUGCUUUGUUGUACUUUUAUACUUUUGAAAUAAAUUG